ACGUAUUAUGUGUACAGAAUAACUCAUGUUUAUUUUAAAAAUUUUGACCGUUUGAAUUUUUUUUAAUUUCGUUGUGUGUCGCUCUGUAUAUGCCAAACCUUCUCACAUCAACAUUAUAAGGCAAAAGAAAAAAAACACAAAGAAAAAUGGCCAAUAUAUUGACCGAUAUUAACAAUGUCGAGCAACAGCAACAAAAUUCACCAAACAAAUCGAAUGAUAAUAAAUUGAUUGUUGACAAAAAUGAACAUCGGCAACAGUCGAAUGAUACUAAUACUAAUAAUAAUAAUAAUGAAAUGAAACAAUGGACAUUGAAUGAUUUUGAAAUUGGUCGUCUAUUAGGUAAAGGAAAAUUUGGUAAUGUUUAUUCGGCACGUGAAAAACGUAGUAAAUAUAUUGUUGCAAUGAAAAUUCUAUUCAAAUCACAAUUAUUGCAUAAUAAUGUAACACAUCAAUUACAACGUGAAAUUGAAAUACAAUCACAUUUAAAACAUCCAAAUAUUUUACGUUUAUUUGGCUAUUUUCAUGAUGAACAUCGUAUAUUUUUAAUAUUGGAAUAUGCAUCCAAAGGUGAAUUGUAUACAUUAUUAAAAAAAAUGGGACGAUUUCCUGAACGGCAAGCAUCAGUGUAUAUAUCACAAAUAAUCGAAGCAUUAAAUUGUCUUCAUCAACGUAAUGUAAUACAUCGUGAUCUUAAACCUGAAAAUAUAUUGCUUGGUUCAAAAGGUGAAAUAAAAAUUGCCGAUUUUGGUUGGUCAGUACAUGCACCAUCAUCACGUCGUGAAACAAUGUGCGGUACAUUGGAUUAUUUACCACCUGAAAUGAUAUUACAACGACCAUAUAAUCAUUAUGUUGAUCUUUGGUGUUUAGGUGUAUUGGCAUAUGAAUUUAUUGUUGGACGAGCACCAUUUGAGACAAAAAAUUCAUUUGAAACAUAUCGUCAUAUUGUUACACUUUCAUAUGAUAUGCCAAAUCAUAUUAGUGAUGAGGCAAAAAAUUUUAUUCAAAGGCUGAUAGUUAAAGAACCUGUACGACGAAUGUCAUUGAUGGAAGCACGUCAUCAUCGUUGGAUUAAAAUGUAUCAACAGCCAGAGCAACAACAACAACAAAAUCAUGAUUCGAAAUCGAACAUUUAAAAAUAAUCAACGAUAAUAUGAUUAGAAUGAUUUCAACACGCGUAACUACUUGACUUGCUGUAUUUU